AGUUACUAGGCAUAUUUGUUAGGUCUUAGUUCUAAUAACGUGUAUGAAUUGAUUUUGUGUUUGUAUGAGUACUUUAUUAACAUACGUGCCUAGUGAGACAUGAAGGAAGCAAUAUUAGCUUUUGUUACAGGAAUUUGUAGUGUAUUUUUAGUUGUUGUAUUUGUGUUGUUUUGGUGGUACAUAUUCUGGAAGUGUUGUUUAUCUAAAUUCCGAUUUGUGCGUGAACUCUUGGGUGGAAUGUCAGAUACGCCCCCGGCGUCAGAAACAAGACAGCCAAGUAAGAUUAAGAAAGCAAGAAAAGAUUAAAUACAUCUUCUGCACUUGAGUUCUUAAACUUAGCAAAAUGAAUAUAAGGUGUGCACGGCCUAGUGACUUGAUGAACAUGCAGCAUUGCAACUUGCUUUGCUUGCCAGAGAACUACCAAAUGAAAUACUACUUUUACCAUGGACUUUCAUGGCCACAACUCAGCUAUGUGGCUGAAGAUGAGAAAGGUCAUAUUGUAGGUUAUGUUUUGGCCAAGAUGGAGGAAGAUGGAGAAGACAACCGCCAUGGUCACAUUACAUCUCUAGCAGUCAAGCGUUCGCAUCGCCGUCUCGGGCUUGCCCAAAAACUAAUGAACCAAGCCUCUCUGGCUAUGGUGGAGUGCUUCCAGGCUAAAUAUGUUUCACUCCAUGUGAGAAAGAGCAAUAGAGCUGCACUCAAUCUUUACACGAAUUCCCUUGGAUUCAAAAUUCUAGAGAUUGAACCAAAGUACUAUGCUGAUGGAGAAGAUGCAUACUCCAUGAUGCGAGACCUCAGUGCAUUCACUGCUGAAUCCAAGCCAGAUAGCCAACCGACAGAGAAUUUAGAAAUAAAAACUGAAUCUGCUAUAAUAUCGCAGUGUUAAUAUAAGUAUAUAUGCUAUACAUUUAUAAAAUCUGAAUAAAAGAUUUCGAAAAUGAA